AUGUUCAGUUCAAGCGCGAAGAUUGUGAAGCCCAAUGGCGAAAAGCCGGAUGAAUUCGAGUCUGGUAUUUCUCAGGCUCUUCUUGAGCUAGAGAUGAACUCGGACCUAAAGGCUCAGUUACGAGAGCUGAACAUAACUGCAGCUAAGGAAAUUGAAGUUGGUGGUGGUCGGAAAGCUAUUAUAAUCUUUGUUCCUGUUCCUCAACUCAAGUCUUUCCAGAAAAUCCAAGUCCGACUAGUACGUGAACUGGAGAAAAAGUUCAGUGGAAAGCACGUGGUCUUUAUUGCUCAGAGGCGAAUUCUGCCUAAACCAACUCGGAAAAGCCGGACAAAAAAUAAGCAAAAGCGUCCCAGGAGCUGUUGA